CGACAGUCGAUUGCUUCUGUCUACGUUCAUCUCUGUCCGGCGUGUGUUUUGUUACCGUCGAGUUAUUCACAUUUGCUUGUUAAGUUCCUUUCAUUGAAACCAAUAGCUACCACUGGAGAAGAAGAAUUUGAGGAAACAUGUCCACCGCCUUGGAAAGCUACAUUAACCGAACUGUGGCCAUCGUCACAUCAGAUGGCAGGAUGAUUGUGGGAACUCUGAAGGGCUUUGAUCAGACCAUCAACCUGAUCCUGGAUGAAAGCCACGAGCGAGUGUUUAGCUCCAGUCAGGGGGUGGAGCAGGUGGUGCUCGGACUCUACAUCGUCAGGGGAGACAACGUCGCUGUCAUUGGAGAGAUUGAUGAGGAAACGGACUCCACACUAGAUUUAGGGAACAUCAGAGCCGAGCCACUCAAUUCUGUUGUCCACUGAUGUCUGCGACUACCCACCGCCGGAUGGUUAUUUCAAUGGCAAACGCAGCAGACAGCCACAUUUGUAAAUGUUUUUGUGCUAAUUCAGCUUGCACAGAACCACAUUCAUUUUGUUUGUAUUUUUAUAAAUAAAGUUCUUGUUCGUUGAGAAACUUUUUAAAUCUUUUUUUGUUUAUUUCUGAUAGUUAAUAAAGGUUUUUAAUGAUCUAAUUUGAAGACUCCUUUUCACUUAAAUGUUCUUUUUAAAUUUAAAUUCCAAACUUACCGUGCCGCUGUGCUACAAGUGAUUCAUGUGAAGUAUUCAUGUGUUGGUGUGGUAGGAGGUCAAGUUGUGAGUGACAUAUUUGCCCAUUGACCCAACAGAGGGCGUAGUUACAGUUCAGUAAAUCCUCGUUCAAGCAAGGAAAGCAACUUCCUCAGUACAGCCUCCGUACAAGUCCUAGUAAUGAUGCACUCAACAAACUUAAAACUGCAAACCUUGGUGGACUUAUUUAUUUGACCUGGUUAUACUUUUCUUACAAGUAUUGAUAAAGUGAUUCAUGGUUACAGGCAUUCAUUUGGGAAGCAGCAAUUCUUUCACCAAAGACUCUUGCUGAAAUCCCUGUGAUCCCACCACCGUGAGAGCGUUCUGCAAUCGAUUAAUCUGGUCUGGUGUUGGAUCUUCAUCAUAAUGCAGACGCAACCAGGGAGCACCUGAGGAUGCGAGAAUAAAAUGAGUGUCUCCCUGCAUGGCUUCUGAUGUAACCAAGUUGACGUUGUGAUAUUGUUGCUGAUGAUGCCCCAUGAAUGACUGGGCAACUACUCUAUUAGCUGAAGUGCAAAGGUAGACCUUGCGCUAUAGCAGAUAUUAACAACAAAUGUGAACUUGAAUGCAUGUUGAAGCCAGAUAUAUAAAGAAAACGGUAGUGGGAGGAUGUUAGGUAGUCAUGAGAUGAUGUACAAAUGUACUAAUAAUCUCUCCCAGUCUAUUCUACUAGGUAUGUAGUUAAAAAAAAACAUUGUGUGUGGUGUUCCAGUCUCUCACCUCUGGUGACCUCUUGACCCAAUGAUACCAGUAGCUCUGCCCCCACACUGUGAUUAAUAGCCUGCCCAGCACGUGAUCGACCGGCACCCAGUCUGUGAAGAACCUCAGCUAAAACCAUCCCAUCGAAGUCCACAACAAUCCCUGCCGGAAGGUAAAACAUGAAUAAUUAGAAGCACAAUAAAAUCUCCAUUUCUGAGUCACCGCUCACCGCUCUCGGUUGUUGUUAGUUCCUGCUGAUGCCUGGCUUUUCUGAAGAUGUUGUAAUAGUUGGUGUUGGCAGAGCAAAGCAACUGAGCUGUCUUAGUGGCCACACCUUGCGCCUCCAUCAUCUGCUGGAAUUUGGUCAGAGCUGUUCCAUUAGCAACUGCUUCAAGAAUCCGCCUCUCACCGUCGGAUUGGUCAGUGGCCACUUGGGUCAUCUUUAGCAACACGCCACCUGUAGAGGCAGCAGAAAUCUCAUCUCUCUCAUCUCUCAAGCUGGUCCACGAAGGGCCGGUGUCGAUCUUUUUCACCAAUCUGAAGACUUCGGUGCUGCUUCUUUAAGCUGACACCCGAUGGGUUAACUAAUGUCUGGUUGGAACUGCGGCCCUUUUAUGAAUCAGUGGCUUUGAAGUGACGGCAUGUGAUGCAUUUUUUUGUUCAACAAUCUGAAACACAAGCUGAUGAGCUUGAUCACAGACUCCUAAUCGGAUUCAACACUGUUAAGCAAACCAUGAUCGCUCAAUCGUGACUUUGAUCCAAAACAAUCCUCACGCUGUUUGCAAUAUAAGUUGGCCCCAACAUCCUUUUUGCUAUCAUUCUGUCAAUAUCUUAAUGUGUUUGCAUGACAACUGUACCGAGGCGCUUGACCAGCUGCAGCAAGUCCUCUGGUCCCCUCCCUUUGAGAGUCUCCAGAGAUUCGAUCACCUCCACGCUGUUUCCAACGCAUCGACCAAUAGUUGCGUCCAUCGUGGUGAGGGCCGCUGCGGUGCGUAUGCCGAGUGCGUUUCCUGUUGUCACCUGCAACAGAAUUUGGGCAGUUUGGUUGCUGGCAGAUAUUUUAAGUUGCAGAUGCCUCUGGGCGUAUGUUUACACAGAGCUCCAGCUCCAGAGGCUUGUUUGCUAUUCCAAGCAGAGAUCAGAAAUACUUAUCAUAACGGCACCCUGCAGAGGAAGUAGGACUGGCUCAUAUGAACCAAGUAUGAAAGUUGAUGUCAUUUAGGUCUGCAAAGGUGGUCUUUCUCGUCAGCAAAUCGUGAAAGAGUUGCAGAAUGCGUCUUAAUUCUAAGCCCAUUCACCAGCCGUAAAAGCCUGGGAUCAACUGUCAGAACUGCCUCCUUAUCCAUCAUUUCAAAACAAAAAUCACUUACCAACUUCUGUGCCAGUUCUCUGGCGCUGUCUAUGUCUUUGUAGAGAGCGGCUCGUCCAAACUUAACGUCCAGGACAAGCGCUGAGAGAGACUCCGCCCCUUUUUUGGAGAUAAUCGAUCCUAAAAAACAUGUCAAUUGCAAACAUUAGUCUUGAAACCAAAUUUGACAUAUAAAAACUGGUGCAUAUCUAUGAAAGGACAUGCAACUAUCCAUUUGUGGUGUCAGUACCCGCUAUGAGUGGCAAACUGUCCACAGUACUGGUGGCAUCCCUCAGGGCGUACAGAACUCUGUCUGCUGGAACCAGGGUCUCUGUCUGCCCGAUGAUGCAGCAGCCCACAGUACUGAGAAUGUCACGGACCUGUAGGAAGCACGUGUGCUUUAGCCUCUUGUCUUAGUCUUUCACUGCUGUGUUCAGGUUCUACCUGCUGAGCUGACUGCUGGAUGCUGUAUCCAGGUAUUGAUUCCAGUUUGUCCAGAGUUCCUCCAGUAUGUGCCAGGCCACGGCCACUGAUCAUGGGCACCUGCCAAGCACACGAUUGAUGUCAUCGCUUGGAGAUUGUCAGUGACGUUUGACUGAAGGGUUGGAUUGUUCCUCAUGGUUGAUGAUUUCAAGAAAGAAGGAUGCUGAGAGAUGUUUUGUCUACAGUUGCGAUGCGUGUACCUUACAGCCACAGGCGGCAAGUGCUGGCGCCAGCACCAA